AUGCCCAAGGGGCAGCAAGAGGGGGUUGUACUGGGGGGGUCCCCACACCCCAGCUUCCGCAGUAACCACCCCACCACAAUCAACACGCCUGUUGAGAUCUCCACGCCUGAUCAUAUGUUCUGCUCCCUGUUCAAUUCACUCUUCCUGAAUUUCUGCUGCCUGGGUUUCACGGCGUAUGCCCCCCCCCACCACCAUAAAGUCUGGGGACAGGAAGAUGGUGGGUGA